GGCGGCGGGCGGGGCGGCUGUUCGGCUCGUCAGGCCUGAUCGCCCGCGCCGCUCGGCGCGCCGGGCCGGGGCUGCGCUGCCGUUGCCAUGUUCCGCCUGGUGCGCCUGGGCCCGCCGCGGCCGCCGCCGCCGGUUGCGCGCAGCCCCCCGCGCCGCCUCCCGCCCGCCGCCGUCCCCCGCGCCUUGGGCUGCGCUCCCCGCAUCGCCCGGGCUGGCCUCAGCCCGCCGCCGCUCCUGGUAACGCUGCGAUCCGCCGCCGGCAUCUCCGCCAAGGAUGCAGGUGUAUCCCCUGAAAAGGCAGCCACGGAUCCCAGUGGUGAAAACAAGAAACCCAACAAAUCCCAGCAACUGAAGCAAGUUUUUAAAGAAUAUGGUGCUGUAGGGGUUUCGUUCCAUGUUGGAAUUUCAUUAGUAUCUCUAGGAAUCUUCUACCUGGCUGUGUCAAGUGGUGUGGAUAUGACUGCAGUUCUCUUGAAACUUGGUUUCAGUGAAUCUUCGUUGCAAUCUAAAAUGGCUGCUGGCACAAGCACAUUUGUGUUGGCAUAUGCUAUUCAUAAAUUAUUUGCUCCAGUACGAAUCAGCAUUACUGUAGUUUCUGUGCCAUUUAUUGUCCGAUACUGCCGGAAGAUUGGUUUCUUCAAACCUCCUGCCCCAAAUCCAUGAUGAUUUCUUACCGGUUUAUAUUCUGUUUUUUUAAAUGCUCUACAUCCAUGUAGCUUUUCAGCUGAGUUUCUUUAAAAGACUUGUUUGAAUUCAUGUUAAUGCUGACCUCCUCUUGCAUUUCUUACUUGUUCUUUCAGGUAAAUGUUACACUGUGAAAAGUGCCGUCAUUAUCUUCUUUCCCUUUUGCCACCUCUUCUUUAGAAAAACCCCUUUAAAUGCUAUCUGAUUUUCACUGGAAGUGCUAAUAUAAAUGCUUGACAAUGAGCAGUCUCUCUAGAACACACAGUUCUGGGACUUUAUAAUCUAGCUUUAUGGGCCUUAGGUUUUUUUUCUUGUCAAAAUAGAGUGGCAGCAUUACUUUAUUACUGUGUAGUAAUAAGUUUAUUAAUAACAAUCAGAGUAAGACUCUCUUCCUGAUAGUCUAUGAAAUAAACAAUAUCCUGCUA